CCAGAGCACCUCUGCUUUCUUCAGGCCAACCCCAGAAUACAUCAAGACCCUCUGAAGGACCAGACCAUAAUGCUCUUCAGAGUCCUCUGUCUCUGGUUCUUCAUGAUUUUACCUUUAUAUCUGCAAGCAGGUGACUGUACAGAGAUCAUUGGUGGAUAUGAGGUCAAGCCUCACUCAAUACCCUACAUUGCCUUAUUGGAGAACUUCAACCAUAACCUGGUCUGUGGAGGGAUGCUGAUCCACAGGAAGUGGGUCCUGACUGCCGCUCACUGUCUGGUGUGGGGUUUACCCUGGCAGAGGAAUAUCAAAACUGUCCAUCUGGGCCUCCACUCACUGAAGAAAGCUAAACCAUCAAUAGUACAGAGUGUGGAAGUGAAGAAGAACAUCCCACAUCCCAAAUACAACCCUGUGACUUCACAGCAUGACAUCAUGCUACUCCAGCUGAAUAAUCCAGUGAAGUUGUCCAGAGCUGUGAGCUUCAAGCCUCUACCCAAGCCUCUGCCCGACAUCAGUGCUGGGACACAGUGUUUUGUAGCUGGAUGGGGAACAACUUCAGAGGGAGGAUCCCCAUCUGAUGUCCUGUUGGCUGUAAACGUCACUGUGAUCGACAGGAAAGCAUGCAACUCUCCUGAAAGAUACAACGGCACAAUCACCAAAAGAAUGUUUUGUGCUGGCUUCUUGAACAACCACCCUGCUGACUCAUGCCAGGGAGACUCUGGUGGUCCGUUGGUGUGUGAUGGUGAGCUACGAGGAGUCGUGUCGUUUGGUAAUGGUUGCGGUCGCAAGAGAUUUCCUGGAGUGUACACAUUCAUAUCUAAAUAUGAUGAGUGGAUCCAAAAUACCAUUAAAACCUCUGAGUGAGUGUUUGAGUGAGGAUGUAUGUACAUAGAGCAGCCUACAUCUCUUCGACAAAAUCUGAAUAUUUGUUUUUUAUUAUUGAACAGCUUGAUCUAAUACUAUAGGGUUUACCUUAAAUCUUUCUUCUCUACUAAAGCAAAUAAGAUGUGCACUUACACCGAUCAGCCAUAACAUUAUGACCACUGACAGGUGAAGUGAAUAACACUGAUAAUCUCAUGGCACCU